UAUUGAACCGCCUUACAUUCGCAAAUUCAUUGACGCGUAGUGAUAUGUUGUGAUUCAUUCGUUAGGUGAAUUUUGCAAUAAUCAGUCGUGAAUUAUAGGAUUUUAAAAGAAUUUUCUCAUACACAUGUUUGCUGUGGACAAGUAGAUGGGAAUACCUGUACAACAGAUUUUUAUUGGAGUAGUAACCCUUGCUUACUUUGUGAAUGUCAUCGUACUUGCGAAUGGAGAGGACCAAUUGAUAUGUACGGGGUACACAUUCUACAAAGUGAAGAAAAAUGGGCAAGCAUUCUGUAAGGAAUGUCCGUCGUGUAUUGGUGGAGGAAUAGGAUGGGAUACAACUGAAACAAGGAUUAAAGAUGAGCAUGGUUUCAGGUCGUGUUACAAGUGUGAGAAAUGUAAACCUGAAACAUUCCGUGUACUGGGAUCAUAUGAUUCGAAAUGCGAGCAGUGUGGCCUUGAUUGUGUCGCUAAGAACAGGUAUGGUUCCGUUAGAUGUGGAGGAGGGAAUCCCGGACAUUGUGGAGAGUGUAUUAGUGGGUACUACGCCACUUCGAAGGAAUCUAACAGUAGAUGUACCCUGAAGCCAACAGAAGGUAAUGAAGAUGUGAAAACAGUAACGGAGAAAACAACAACUUUGGAACACAGGUUGGAAGAGAACAGACGUCAGCCUAAUCCUUUAGCAGACGUUCCAAUAUGGAUUCCUAGUGGCAUUCUGUUUAUUGCAUUCCUAGCAGUAAUAGCUUGUGCGAUUAUCUCUGCACGUUGGCAGAAGAGAAAUAAAACAUCGGCACAGAGUAAUAUAGCAUAUGACUCUAAAAGGGCUCUGAUAAGCAAUGGAAGUAGUUUAGAUGGAGAAAACUUGGAAACAGAUGGUGAUAACGAUGUCAAGGUGAGGGGAGAACGUCCGGAAGCAGUAACCAUCAAUGAGAUAGAGGCUAUGGGCUUUAGUUCGUCUUCUAAACGGCUGGAAUCCCCGAACUUUGACAGAAUUCUACACAAAGACGAUAAAACGUUAGAUGUCGUUGCCAACAACAUACAUGGUGAGAGGAGACAUGAAAUGUUUGAAACCUACCUAAAACUACCUAAACCCAAGACCUCGCCUGAGGAAGAGAAGUUUCAUAAGAAUUUAUGUUCCUUUCCUGCUUACAUUCUGGAAGUACUGAAAAUAUGGCUUCAAUAUGCGGACAAAGAGGCUACCCUGAAAAAUCUUUGUAAAGCUUUAGAAAUGGCAAGUUUUAAUGAUGUUGUAGGCAAGGUCCUAGAUUUGCCAGAAAACCAGCCAGGUCUGGGUAAUGUAGAUGAAUGUUAAAGAUAUAUAAGAUUUUACACGAGUUGUCAUUUGAUAUUGGCUAAUAUGAAACAAAUCUGAUAAAGUAUUAUAUAAAUGGUGCGUUUGUGGAGCUAUAUCGCAUUGUUCGGACAACUUUAACUCUUACCAUGGUAGAUAUCUUAAAUGGACUUGUCUGUCUUUCAAAAUUUACAUAAUUAUUCGUCAAAUUUAGUGGAAAUUUCAAAAUAUUAACUGACUACAUUUCUAUUAGUACAUACCAUGAUCAGACGUAUCGAGUGUCCCGGUAGGUUAUGGUCUGCACGGGUAACAUGAGUAGAAUCUGUUGCCACCAGGAUCCGGUUGUUCAAACAUUGGUUUGUGUUAAUUUUAACCAACGUUUUGAACAACCCGGUCCAGCAGGCUAAGGGUUAAGUUAAUGUAAGUCCAUAACGUCAACGAAUGUAAGAUUUUUAUCACAUUAUAUGCCAGAACAUUCCGAAAACAACAACAUCUUAAUGACAGUUUCACGACAUAUAAUUAUAUAUUUAACGUUUGUGAUAUAAGGAAAAUGGUGCUGUUAGAUUGAAACACAAGGCGUCAUAUAAUUAAUUUAUCGUUCUGGUAGUUGAUACAAAAUAGUAUAUUUACAGUUCUAACAAUAAGAUAAAUGAUUGUAGGUUUUUUCUUGCUAUUGAUUUAAAAAAAAAAGUACAUGUAUUUGUUAACAAUUUUUAAAAGAAAUAAAAAAAUUCUUAUCGUUAUUAGACUGAAUAGGGCUAGAAUUUUUUUUUUAAAAUAUGGCUACAAAAAUAUUUUGAUGUUAUCUUUUGCUUCAAAUAUAUAGAACUAAAAUUGUUGUUUUUAUUAUGGUUCGUUGUUAUAACAUUAUCAAUCUCAAAAAGAAAUCAUGAUCUUUGGUCACUUUUUGCUCAGGCUAUAACACUUAAGAAUUCCAUUAAAUGUUAUUUGAUCCAGUUUGUAAAUAUAUUAUAUUACUAUAAUUUAUCGGUGUAAAUUAUAUUUAGUCAGGAAAUUAUUCAUGUGUUAAUAUUUUACAUAGUUUAUAUAUGUAUUAGAAUCUGAUGUGUGCACUAUCAUUGAUGGAUUUUAGUUGAUUAAUAUUUAAUAUUUACUAUUUACUUAUUAAGGAUACAUAGCCCGGGUCUCCACGAUACCGGUGUACAUAUUUUAUACAUUUUAUGUAUUUUAUACAUAACAGAGUUCUGUUACUCUGAAAUUCUCGCUCACUACGAAUGUAAACAAUGGACGACCAUUUUUGUAUGACGUAGUUAAACAGACUUCAUGCUACCGGUGCACUGGUAAAAAUGUUAUUUAUAUGGAAAGCCAUUGCAGUUUUAUUAUUUAAGCAUUCUUGUAUUCAUAUCUGAAAGAAAAAACAAUACAAAAAACUUUAAACAACAUAAAAACGUGUGCUUCAAUGAUUAAAAAAAUUGUGUGUUUUGCAGAGGGACUAAUUUAUGCAAUGGAGGAAUCGGAUAGUAAAAUAAAAAUAAGGUAGGAUAUGUGAAAUAUUUUCUUCAGAAACUCGUCAAAAUGUUUGAAAACUUUUAAAUAGCCAAUAUUACUAGAGCAUGUCAAUAUAAACAGUCGGUAGGUGGCGUUGACAAUAGUAUCGCAAGAUAUGUUGAUACACCGGUAUCAUGGGGUUCGAAUAUAGUAUUCAUGAUUAAGUUUAGUACAAUUUGAUUGUUUAAUAGUUAGUUCUGUAAGUACACAUUGUUCAGUUGUUUAUAGCUUUACUCACUGCAUCUAGUCGAAAAUCUUUACGUUACUUUAUUUCAUCUUUUCUUUGCUCAAUACAACUCAACCCACAUUUACAGCAGAAAAAGUCCCUUUGGAAUUUUGAAUCUCAUCUCGGUGUUUUUUUGUCUUUUGUUAUAUUCAUAAAGUAGGAUGUCCCUCUUAGUACCGCUGUACUUUUUUCAGCUAAUUGAACAAUUAAAAUUAAUACUCUUACUGUCAUUUGCUCAGAUUGACAUAUUUCUAAGAUCGGCUUCGUAUGCAAAUGUGUCUAUGAUCAGAUAAGUACCACGUUGUCAUCGGCAACACGGUAUAUCAGCGGAAAUUACUAAAUUUACAAUAACAAAUUUACACAAUAGUUAUUAUGUUACUAUUUGAUAUUUUACCGGGAAAAAAUUGAUAAUGAAUGCCGAUAAGAACUGUUUAAAAUAGAUGUAUUUCAACAAUAAGUAAAAGUACAUGUAAAAAUUUUACAUAGUUAAUUACUCGGAGUUUUCUGUACUGAUACUUUAGCUUGUUCUAAUUUUUGUAAAAGUUUAUUUUUAUAUUUUUUUCUUCCUUUUUAUGCAAAAUGUCCCUGAUCAACGUUUUGAAAUUCUCUGUUACGAAAUAUAUACUAGUAUAUGUUAACAAGAUAUACAUGUAUAUACUCGACGUUAAAUGCUCUUUUUGUUCCUAGUUUAUAUUUUUGUUUACUUUUUUUGUACAGAGAUUGAAUUAUAUCAUUUGAAAUAAUAAAAAGUUUGAAAU